GGGGUCCUCGCCCCCCACCCUUAGCGACCGCAUACAAACAAGAUGGCGGACGAAGAGAAUGCAGAGAGCGAAGCCAUGCCCGAAAGUCAUGGGGUGGCAAAGUCUUCUGGACAGAUCAUGUCAGCCCCUCGUGCCAGGCCUAAGAAGGCGCCCGAGAUGCCCAUUUUUGAGCGGCGCAACUGGCUCAUCCACCAGCACUACGUCCGCAAGGAUUACGACACCUGCAAGGUUAUUAUUAAAGAACAGCUACAAGAAUCCCAAGGCAUGUGUGAAUAUGCUGUGUACGUUCAAGCCCUGAUAUUUCGCCUGGAGGGGAAGAUCCAGGAGUCACUGGAGCUGUUUCAAACGUGCGCCAUCCUCAACCCACAGAAUGCAGAGAACCUCAAACAAGUGGCUCGCUCACUGUUCCUGCUGGGAAAGCACAAGGCAGCUAUUGAAGUCUACAAUGAAGCAGCCAAAAUGAAUGAGAGGGACUGGGAAAUCAGCCACAACCAAGGGGUGUGUUACAUGUACCUCAAAGACUAUGAGAAGGCGAAGGAGUGCCUGAACAGCGCGUUACAGUGCAGUCGCCACGACCUGACGUCUGGCGUGCUAGGACGCGUGCACCUGCUGGAGGGCGACACGGAGCGCGCCAUCGAAGUCUACCGCCGCGCCAUCGAGCACUCUCCAGAAAACACUGAACUGUUGACAACCCUCGGAUUGCUAUACCUGCAGAUGGGGUCAUACCAGAGGGCUUUUGAACAUCUUGGAAAUGCAUUGACAUAUGAUCCUACAAACUACAAGGCCAUCCUGGCGGCGGGCAGCAUGAUGCAAACACACGGCGACUUCGAUGUGGCCCUCACCAAGUACCGUGUGGCGGCGCACUCCGCUCCCGAGUCCCCGCCGCUCUGGAACAACAUCGCCAUGUGCUUCUUCGGCAAGAAGAAAUACGUGGCUGCCAUCAGCUGCCUAAAGCGGGCACACUACCUGGCACCGUUUGAUGGCAAGGUGCUGUACAACCUGGGCCUCGUGCACCUGACCAUGCAGCAGCACGCUUCUGCCUUCCACUUCUUGAGCGCCGCUAUAAGCCUCAUGCCACGCAUGGGCGAGCUCUACAUGCUGCUGGCAGUGGCUCUCAACAACUUGGGCGACCCAGAGAAUGGGCGGCGAGCAUACGAGCAGUCCGUCGCGCUCGAUGAAGUGAAUCCACUGGCGAGCCUCAACUUCGCAGUGUUCCUCUACAACCAGGGGGACAAGAAGGCGGCGCUGGCACAGUUCCAUGAACUCGAGGCCACGGUGGCCAAGCAGAGGGAGGAAAAUGCCAACGUCGAGUUCGACCCGGAGAUGCUGGACACAGCCCACAAGCUGGGAGGUGCGCUGCAAGUUGCUGAGAGCCCCAUCUGGGCCAAACCGGCCAAGGAUGCCAGGCUUAAGGCACGCGCACCGGCUGCUGCCAAGCCCACUGCCCCCCAGCAGCCCCUGGGCACCAACCAGGUGCUGGGGCAGGCCAUGUCCUCAGCUGCUGCAUACAGCAAAUCUCUCAUCAGUGGGGGAGGCUCCAUGCAGACCAAGGCACCUGCGAUGCCUCUGGAGCCUGACCCAUCAGCUGUGGGAGGUCAAGAGGAAAGCUCUUCUUCUUCAGAGUGCCCACGGGAGUGAGCGACACACAUGGGAACAGUUGCCAUUCCACCUCCACUUGCUGUCACCCGACGUCCCACCAGUCCUCUACCCAAGCCAUGCACAUUCCCCGUUAGAUUUUCCUACUUUGUAUGAUUACUAGCUGUACUACCCGGCUUCGCCCGGGACUUGUAUCCACCACGGCCGGCCGCCUUUGUCUCCCCAGUGGCGAUGUUAAUACGCCACACCAGUUACUCGUUUGAGGCUGAGUCGACCUAUGUGAGGUUCAAAUAAUCUUGAUCGGUGGUGGCCAUGAGCGGGAAUCUAACUCGGUUCGCCGGGUUGGUAGCGCAGCGUAGCGUUAACCACUACACCCACCGCUCCUCACACACACAGACGCACACACACACAGACACACGCAGAAACACACAGACAGACACAGACAGACACAAAGACAGCACGCUAACCACUACACUACCGCUCCCCACACACCACACACGCAGACACACACACAGAACACACACACAGACAGACACACACACACAGACACACAGACAGCACGCUAACCACUACACUACCGCUCCCCACACACCACACACGCACACACACAGACACACACACAGACACACACACAGACACACACACACAGACACACACACACACAGACACACACAGGCAGCACGCUAAGCACUACACUACCGUUCCUCCUACACACCACACACGCACACACACAGACACACACACACAGACACACACACACAGACACACACACACAGACACACACACACAGACACACACACACAGACACACACACAGACACACACACACAGACACACACACACACACAUAGACACAGGCAGUACGCUAAGCACUACACUACCGUUCCCCCUACACAACACACGCGCGCGCGUCCAUAGGUACACAUACACGCGCUUGCUGCAGACACACACAUACACACACAUACAUAACCACACAUACACACAAACACAUACACACACAUGCAUACACACAAACAUACACAUACAUACAAACACACACAUACAUACACACAAACACAUACACAAUACACACACACAUACAUACAGACACACACAUACAUACACACAAACACAUACAGACACAUACAUACACACAUACAUACAGACACACAGACAUACACAUAAACACAUACACACAUAGUCAUGACCCGGCUUUGCCCGGGACUUGUAUCCACCACGCCCGGCCGCCUUUGUCUCCCCAGUGGCGAUGUUAAUACGCCACACCAGUUACUCGUUUUGAGGCUGAGUCCCUCCCUCGCCACUCUGCCUCCCUCGCCACUCUGCCUCCCUCGCCACUCUGUAGAGGACGUGAAAUUUGUAUGAAUUUACCUCAGAGUGGCGUGUUGGGUGUCGAGGCCUAGCACCGUGCAGAGCCUCCCGCCUUGCCUGAUUUUCGCACCCGGCGAACGCUGGGUACGGGUGCCGGUCCCCCCCCCCCCCCCCGCGCUAUUAAAAAUGGCGUCCACCCCGCGGAGAAAAGUUGCUACUCGUUGCCAGGGGCAACCGCCGUCCAAUGAAAGCGGCGAAGGCGUGGCUAGCCGUUGCCAGGGGCAACCGCCGUCCAAUGAAAGUGCAGUCCACACACACACAGACACACAGACAUGAACGAUUUUAUAUAUAUAGAUGUACUGUACUGUAUAAAAAAAAACAAUGUCUCGCUGACAAAGGUGUCCACUAGGCAAGUGCUAUUUAUAUAUUAAAGGAUAUUUUUUUAGUGUUGUGUGACUUUGCACCUCCAAAUGUAAAUUAUAUAUUUAUAGUCCUCUGACACUAGCCUGAUGAAUUGUUUCCUUAGUUUAAUGUGUUUUUAUAUCAGUGCAGUUUGUCUAAUUCAUUUUUGUAUCUGUGUUCAGUGUUGCUUUGAAUAUAUUAAUUUAAACAGCCUUGAAACUAAGAAGAUAAAUACAUGUUUUGGAGCAAUACAAGAGGCGAGCUUAAUACCUGUAGUGACAGGGUGCCAUCUGUUGACCAUGAGGGAUAACUACAGGCAUGGGUGCGCUAUAUAACAGCCAACCAUAAGCGGGGUAUAACUGGGCCAAGGGUUAGAGGCGGGGAUCAGCCGGGAAGCUCCUGAAACCUGCAUGAGAGUUGUAGAAGGGGGGCAUGGCCAGAGGCAGCGCUUGGCCACGCUGAGGAAGAUAUGAGGGCGGUAACCGGAGGUUCGGGCUUGUUGGGGUUCGUGUCCUGGCUGCUGUCAUCUCUUCAUCGUCGUCCAGCCGUAUAGCCGAUCCGCUGUACAGUCCCCGUCGUCGCUGUAGUCAGCCAGCGAUAUAGUUAGACGUCGUUGAUGUGGCUGUAUGAGUGGGUCAGCUAUACGUAGCCCAGUGUGUAUGUUAGUGACUCUGCCCGUAAAGUGUUGAGAAAUAAACAAGGAGCCCUCUGCAA